AUGUUCUAUCAAUUCGGAGCCAGCUUCUUUAAUUGCCAGCCAUCUCAACUGGACUUGACGCUUGGAUCUUGGUGGAGUAUUUUAUUUGGAUUGAUGCUUAUCGGCGUCGCAUGCGCAUCAGAAGAAGAAGACAAUGUUCCUGAUGCGGGAGUUGAAGAAGACGAUGAAGAAUUACAAUUUGAUCGCGAGGAGUCCCGAAAUGUAAGGCCGAGAGCAUAUAACACACCCGUGGCCUACCCGAACACGCUGCCUAGUGGUUUUCGACCAACGCCAUCUCUUGCUGAGCUUGCGGGCUACCAGCGUGCCCAAGAGCAGCAGGAGUACAUAGUUCCCACCCGACCUCAGCAGCAAGUCUACAUUGAAGAGCAACGACAACCUAUUAGGACACCUCACAGGAAGCCUCAGGACCAACGUCCAGCUAAGUUCCAACAAUCUCUGGAAGAAGAGGAAGAAUUAGAAGAAAAGGAAGUGCCAGACCGCCUUUCAACUCUCUUACAGCAGUCAAAGUUUGACUGUGGCACUCGGAAGUCAGGAUACUAUGCAGAUGAGGAGCUGAAUUGUGAAGUGUUCCACUACUGCCAGGAUAAUGUUAAACACUCCUGGAUUUGCCCAGAUGGAUUCACUUUCCAUCAAGUUCACCUAAUUUGCAUGCCACCAAACCACGACAAUAUCUGUCAAAGAUCGUCCAAGUACCACUUUGUCAAUGAAUACCUUUACAAGCCUAUCAACGAAGAGGAAGUCCAAAGGAAACCUAACUCUCCUCUGCGUUACUCCGAGAGGUACUACCCUUCCGAGGUCUAUAAUGAUGACAGAUAUGAAAGGGAGGAUGACGAAGAGGAACAAGACCCUAAUAGACAGCAAGCUGCACAAAUCCAAGAAAGACCACAUCAGAGACAGCAAUUCCAGCCCCAGGUCUUCAGAUCAGCUGAAGAAGUCAAUAUACCUUUAGUCCAAAGACGUCCCCAACGUCCUUAUGACUUUGAACAGUAA